AUGUUCCUUCAUACCGGUACAUCCACCUUUGUUGCCUUAUUGCUCAUGGCCAAUAAUAACGCAAACGCACAGUUCUUGGAGUACCAUGGAGUUGGCUUUUGCAAAGAUUCAGAAGGGGUCUUUUACGCCCGUGGGCAAGCCGAAAGAUUUGACGAUCCUCAAGCUUGUUUGGACCAUUGUCUUUUGCUGGACGAUUCGGACUUGGUUGGAUUUGCCUACAAAUCCAGCAACAAGCGUUGUCACUGCAACUACAAUGCCGGUUCAGAAGUGAUUGCUAAUUGUGACCGUUCAGUCUUUACCAAUGGCUGUCGCUCCAAUCAAGGAUACACUGGGUCUGGUAUCGUUAUUAGUUCCGACGGUCCACCAUCUUGGAGAUGCUUUGCGUACGACCCAUCACCAACAUUUGCCCCAGAGUCCUUUACCUUUCCUUCGACCACUGGCCCGGUCGCCAGCCCAGUCGCCGAACCGGUUCCGAUGGCUGCAAAGAAAGGCGUCGACAGAAGAAACCUUCAGACCAGCACCCCAGUUGCAAGUCCAAUUGCUCAACCAACUCCAAGCAAGGGCACCAAGAAAGGUCGCGGUAGCAAGAAUAAGGGAAAGCGAAUGCUGCAGACCUCUACUCCGAGUGUCAGUCCAGUUAUCGUGGCGACACCAGUCUCAGAGCCAGCUGCCAAGGGCAUCAAGAAAGGUUCGGGGCAAAUGAAAAAGAAAAAUGACAGCUGA